AUGGGAAGAAAAGCGACAAUAGCAGCCUGCACCCUGAACCAAUGGGCUAUGGAUUUCGCUGGAAAUUUUCAACGCAUCAAACACAGUAUCAUCGAAGCAAAAGAAAAAGGAGCCAGAUAUCGAAGUGGUCCUGAAUUGGAAAUACCUGGUUACGGCUGUGAGGAUCACUUUCAUGAAAAUGACACAUUUCUUCAUUCAUGGGAAGUUUUUGCGGAACUUUUGAAAUGUGAUGAAUUCAAUGACAUCUUGUGUGAUGUUGGAAUGCCAGUGAUGCACAGGGACGUAGCAUAUAAUUGUCGAGUUAUCUUCUUGAAUGGAAAAAUUUUGCUAAUUAGACCAAAGAUGUUAAUGUGCAAUUCUGGAAAUUAUCGCGAGGAAAGAUAUUUUAAACCAUGGAGGAAACAUCGACAAUUGGAAGAUUAUUUCUUACCAAGAAUUAUUCAAGUCAUCACAGGGCAACAAAAGGUCUGGAUUGGAGACGGGGUAAUUUCAACUCAAGAUACCUGCAUAGGUGUUGAAAUAUGUGAAGAAUUAUGGGCUUCCAAAAGUUGUCACAUGGAUAUGUUCUUAGAUGGAGUCGAAAUUAUCACCAAUGGCAGUGGAAGUCAUCAUCAGUUAAAGAAAGGUUAUACUAGAGGAGAACUGGUCAAGUCUGCUACCUUUAAAUGUGGAGGAGUGUAUCUGUUCAACAACUGUAUUGGUUGUGAUGGUGGUAGAUGUUAUUAUGAUGGGAAUGCCAUGAUUUCUAUCAAUGGAGAUUUCAUCGCUCAAGGACCUCAGUUCUCUCUACAGGAAGUAAUUGUAACUACAGCAACAAUUGACCUUGAAGAUGUUAGAAGUUAUAGAAAUUAUUCUCGAACUUCAUCAGAGCUUUCUACAACCCUACCAAGCUUUCCAAGAGUUGAUGUUGAUUUUGUCUUGACAGAAUCUGAAUUUGAAUUAAGUCAGUCGUCUCCUGCUAUCGAACUUUAUAAUCCCAUUGUUGAAGAAGAAAUUGCUUAUGGACCUGCAUGUUGGAUGUGGGACUACCUUAGAAGAAGCGCUCAAGGUGGAUUCUUCUUGCCAUUAAGUGGAGGAAUUGACAGUUCUAGUACAGCUUGCCUGGUCUCAUCCAUGUGUCAUCUAGUCUGUGAUGCUGUCUAUAAAGGAAAUGCCCAGGUUUUGUCAGAUUGUAGAAGAAUUGUUGGGGAAGGAGACUACUUUCCUACAGAUCCAAAAGAGCUUUGUGGACGGAUAUUCACCACGUGUUAUAUGGGGUCGGAGAACAGUUCCAGUGAAACAAAGAAAAGAUCAAAAGAAUUGGCAGAAGACAUUGGUAGCUUUCAUAUGAAUGUAUCUAUAGAUGUUGCAUGUACUGCUAUAAUGAGUAUCUUUACAGCGGUAACAUCACUGAUACCGAAGUUUAAAGUUCAAGGAGGAAGUAUCCGAGAAAAUUUGGCACUACAAAAUCUUCAAGCUAGAGUCAGGAUGGUGAUAGCCUACCUGUUUGCUCAACUGACUUUGUGGUCCAGAGGUCGGCCUGGUGGGUUGUUGGUUCUUGGAUCUUCCAAUGUUGAUGAAUGUCUACGAGGAUAUAUGACUAAAUAUGACUGUUCCAGUGCUGAUAUCAAUCCUAUUGGUGGAAUCAGCAAGACUGAUCUUAAGUCCUUCAUCUUGUACUGUACCAAGAGGUUUGGUUAUUGUUCUCUUAAAGAUAUUUAUGCUGCACCACCAACUGCUGAGUUGGAGCCACUUGCUGAUGGAAAGAUUGCUCAGACAGAUGAACAAGAUAUGGGAAUGUCAUAUGAUGAACUCUCUGUUUAUGGGAAACUCAGAAAGCAAAAAUUUUGUGGACCAUAUAGUAUGUUUUGUAAAUUAAUACACAUGUGGCAGACCCAAUUUUCACCAGCAGAAGUUGCAUCCAAGGUGAAGUUUUUCUUUCGGUCUUACUCCAUUAAUAGACACAAGAUGACAGUUGUCACUCCAUCGUACUAUGCUGAAACUUAUAGUCCAGAUGACAACAGGUUUGAUCAUCGCCAAAUUCUCUAUGACAUUUCUUGGAGUUGGCAAUUUGAAGCCAUUGAUGAAGCUUUGCAGAAGAUAAUCUCUAAAGUGUUUCAAAAUCAAAAGCAUUCAAAAUAG